UGAUUUAACCAAAGGUCUUAGAGUACAGGAGGAUGAUCUGGCAGCUGUUAUUGUUGGCGUUAGCGCUGGGCGUGGGUUACUACCGCUGGUCGCGCAGACGGCUCUACAAGCUCGCGGCUGAGAUACCGUGCUUACCGGACAGCUACCCCGUCAUUGGACACGCCCACAUCUUCGCUGGUAGCAAUGAAGAUAUUAUGCAAGUGUUACAAAAAAUAGGUCGAAUAUCAAAUCAGAACAAUGGUCUUACAAGUUUUUGGCUGGCCAAUAGGCUGUUUGUUGGUAUGACGGACCCUGCGGCCAUCGAGGUGGUUUCUAAAUCGUGCUUGGACAAAGGCGAAUACAUAGCAAAGAUGUUUCGAAUCGCCAUAGGGAACGGUUCUAUAUUUGCUCCAGUAAACAUUUGGCGCUCUCGUCGAAAAAUCAACGCUCCUUUCUUCAAUCGGAAGAACCUAGACCAGCUGGUUCCAGUGUUCGACGCGAAGAGUUCCAUCAUGGCCGACCUGCUGCGGCCCGAGGCGGGGGGCGGCGACUUCUCUAUCUGGAGAUACAUUACUACGUUCGCGACCGAUACUGUUUGCGAAACUGCCCUGAACACUGACAUCAAUAUGCAAAAGUGCUCCGACCAUCAUUUUCUUCUGCACGCAAUAGAGGAAGGCACGCAAUUGCAGGCCAAGCGCGUGUUCCAGCCGUGGCUGCAUCCGGACGUCAUCUUCAAGAGGCUACCCGCGUACAAACGGGUUCAAUACCUCUUGGAACGGGCAUAUACCUUUUUAGAUGAGAUUCAUACUUUUUCUAUUACUUACUACUUACAGAAUAUACAAAAGAAAAAGGAAAAAAAUACUGAAGAUGGACUUAAGAAUUUAAAUAACAACAAUGAACUGUCAUAUUUCAUCGACGUGGAAAUCCAGUCUUCCGGAGGGCUGGAGAAGGGCUACUCGGACAUAGAGCUGAGGGAGGAGCUGCUGGUGUUUAUGGUCGCCGGGAGCGACACGUCGGCCACCGCGGUCAGCUUCACCACCGUGCUGCUGUCCCGGUACCCGGACGUGCAGGAUAAGGUGUACCAGGAACUGCAAGAAGUGUUCGGCGAGUCGGAACGCGCCGUGACCGCGGAGGAUCUGCCGAAGCUGACGUAUCUGGAGGCCGUCAUCAAAGAGAGCCUGCGUCUCUACCCGCCGGUACCGGUAGUGGUGCGAGAGGUCCACAGUGAUACACUUCUUCCGUCAGGCACAACGCUGGUGGACGAGACGACGGUAUUAUUCAACAUCUGGGGCACGCACCGCAACCCUGCGUACUGGGGACGCGACGCGGACGAGUUCCGCCCCGAGCGGUUCCUGCAAGGCCCGCUGCCGCACCCCGCCAUGUUCAUGCCCUUCAGCUACUCCGUCAGGAACUGCAUCGGUGCUACAUACGCAAUGAUGUCAGCGAAGACGGCGCUGGCGAACCUGAUCCGACGCUACCGGCUACUGCCGUCGGCCGGCAUGUGCGCCGCCGACCUGCAGCGCCCUCUGCCCGUCAAGUUUGACAUCAUGAUGAAGGCUGUCGACAAUUUCACGCUUAGGAUCGAAGAGAGGAACCAUAUUUGA